AUGGCGUCGGCGUCACCCCCUUCUCCGUCCCUCCUCCUCCUCCUCUUCGCCACCGCCAUCUCCCUCUCCUUUCAACUCUCCCCCGUCGUUCACUCCACCAACUCCGACUUCCACGCGCUAAUGUCGUUCAAAGCCGCUUCCGACCCUUCCAACACACUCGCCCAGUGGAACUCCACAACCUCAAACCCCUGCAACUGGUACGGUGUCUCCUGUCUCCGCAACCGCGUCUCUCGCCUCGUCCUCCAAGACCUCAACCUCACCGGCUCCAUCCUUCCGCUAACCUCCCUCACCCAACUUCGCAUCCUCAGCCUCAAACGCAACAGUUUCAGCGGCCCCAUUACCUCUCUCGCCAACCUCACCGCCCUCCGCCUCCUCUUCCUCUCCCACAACAACUUCUCCGGCCACCUCCCCGCCGCGCUCAUCUCCCUCUACCGCCUUGAUCUCUCCCACAACAGCCUCUCCGGCGAGAUUCCCACCACGCUCAACCUCUGGACCCACCUCCUCACUCUUCGCCUCGACCACAACCGCCUCCGCGGCCGCAUUCCCAGCACCAUCAACCUCUCUCAUCUCCAAGAUUUCAACGUCUCAAACAACCUCUUAUCGGGUGAAAUACCCGAGUCUCUCUCGGGUUUGCCAGGAUCCGCGUUUUCUCACAACCCCUCACUCUGCGGAGCUCCCUUGCGAGAAUGCAAAGGCAAAGCAAUCAUCCCAGCCCUGGCUUCGCCGUUGAAGCCGCAAAACGACACCGUUUUCUACAAACCCCGCGGGGGCGAGAGAAUGGGGGUGGUGGUCUUGAUCGGUUUCGUGGUGAGCGACGUGUUGGUGCUGGGUUUGGUGUCGGUGCUUCUCUACUGGUAUUUCUGGCGUAAGUACUCUGGUGCCACAGAAUUGAGAAACGAGGGGAAAGAGAACGGUGGUGGUGGAAUGGUGGUUUUGGAAGGGGGGAGAAGGUUUGAGUUGGAGGAGUUGUUGCGUGCGUCGGCGGAGAUGUUGGGGAAGGGGGCAUUUGGGAGUUCGUAUAAAGCGGUGGUUGAUGAUGGGAGUGUGGUGGCGGUGAAGAGGGUGACGGAGGUUAGUGUUGGAGGGAAGAAGGAGUUCCACGACAGAAUGCAAGAGCUUGGAAGGUUGAGACACUGCAAUCUUGUUAGUUUGAGGGCUUACUAUUUUUCCAAACAUCACAACUUCCUCGUCUCUGAUUUCAUGCCCAAUCAUAGCUUCUCAUCCCUUCUCCACGGUAAUAGAGGACCAGGGCGGAGCCCAGUGGAUUGGAGCACGAGGCUGAAGAUCGUAGCUGGAGCGGCACGAGGCGUGGCCUUCAUUCACAGUCAUAAACUAACCCACGGUAACAUCAAAUCCACCAACGUCCUUAUUGACGUCGCCGGCAACGGCCGCGUCGCCGAUUUCGGCCUCUCCAUCUUUGCUCCUGCCUCCGCUCUAAGCUCCAAUGGCUACCGCGCGCCGGAGCUAUCGGACCCUCGCAAGCAGACGCAGAUGUCUGACGUCUACUCCUUCGGCGUUCUAUUGAUGGAGAUGCUCACGGGGAAGUGUCCCUCCGCUGUGGACGGCGGGCACGAGGAGGCGGUGGACCUUCCUAGGUGGGUCCGGUCGGUGGUGAGAGAGGACUGGACGGCGGAGGUGUUCGAUCUAGAACUGCUGAGCUAUAAGGACAUUGAGGAGGAGAUGGUGGCGUUGCUGCAGAUAGCUAUGGCGUGCACUGCAGCCGCACCUGACCAACGGCCCAGGAUGAGCCACGUGGUGAAGAUGAUCGAGGAAUUGCGUGGAGUCCAGGUGUCACCGGGUCAUGACGCGUUGGACAUGGUGUCCGAGUCACUCUCCGUGGCUGAAGAUGCAGCAUGUACAGGUGGUGGACCAAGUGGAUUUUAG